AUGAAACUUACAUUCACCACUUCCUUGUGCCCGGUGUUUGUCUGCUUUUGUUUAGUUGGUUUAACAACGUCCCUCCAGAACACUUUAAAGGUGGCAAAAAAUCAAAGUAAGCACUUGGAGGGAAAGAAAGAAGUUCAUCAUCGUCCGAAACGAGGCUGGGUCUGGAACCAAUUCUUUGUUUUAGAAGAACACAUAGGACCAGAAGCUCAGUAUGUUGGCAAGCUUCACUCAAAUGCAGAUGACGGUGAUGGAUCAGUCAAGUACAUCCUUUCGGGGGAAGGAGCUGGGUCUAUAUUUGUUAUUGAUGACAGUACAGGAGACAUUCAUGCCACAAAAAGUUUGGAUCGUGAACAGAAGACACAUUACAUUCUUCAUGCCCAGGCGCUGGACAGAAAAACAAGCAAGCCUCUGGAACCUGAAUCCGAGUUCAUCAUCAAAGUGCAGGAUAUAAAUGACAAUGCACCAGACUUUUUGGAAGGUCCAUUCUCUGCCUCAGUUCCUGAAAUGUCUGAAGUUGGUACUUCUGUGCUGCAGGUGACAGCUACAGAUGCUGAUGACCCCACAUAUGGAAACAGUGCCAGGGUGGUGUACAGUAUCCUGCAUGGACAGCCCUACUUCUCUGUGGAUCCCAAAACAGGAAUCAUCAGAACGGCCUUACCCAAUAUGGACAGAGAAGCAAGGGAACAAUAUUCUGUUGUUAUUCAAGCCAAAGAUAUGGCCGGACAGAUAGGAGGACUGUCAGGGUCUACGUCUAUUAAUGUAACGCUAACUGAUGUCAAUGACAAUCCGCCCAGAUUCCCACAAAAGCACUACCAGUUAUAUGUCCCUGAGUCGUCUGCAGUUGGCACAGCUGUAGGUAAGAUUAAGGCAACUGAUUCUGACAUUGGAUUGAAUGCAGACAUGAAAUACAGCAUCAUUGAUGGAGAUGGUGUAGGAGUUUUCACCAUCUCUACUGACAAAGACACUAGGGAAGGAGUUAUUAUUCUAAAGAAGCCACUGAACUAUGAAAAGAAGAAAGUGUACACUGUAAAAAUAGAAGGAGCAAACACUCAUAUUGAACCCCGCUUUUGGAGCCUGGGCCCCUUCAAGGACACGGCAACCCUCAAAAUUAUUGUCGGAGAUGUGGACGAACCUCCCGUGUUUGCCAUGCCAUUUUAUAUAAUGGACGUUUAUGAAAAUGCUAGACUGGGAACUGUAAUUGGAGCUGUGAUGGCUGAGGAUCCUGACAGUGCCAACAGCCUCAUCAGAUAUUUCAUUGAGCGCAGUGAAUCCACAGAGAGGUAUUUCAAUAUAGAUGCCAACAGUGGAGCUAUUAAGACUGCAAAGCAACUAGACAGAGAAAGUAUGCCUUGGCACAACAUCUCAGUCAUUGCAUCAGAGCUUGACAAUCCAACUCAGCUCACCCAAGUUCCAGUUGCUAUUCGAGUUCUUGAUGUUAAUGACAACAAACCGGAGCUUGCCAAGGAUUAUGACACAGUUGUUUGUGAGAAUGCCAAACCUGGACAAGUGAUUCAAAGAGUGAUGGCUAUCGAUGAGGAUGACUUUGCAAAUGGACCCAGGUUUCAUUUCUCUCUAGCUACGGAGUUUCCUCCAAACCCAAACUUUACAGUACGGGACAAUGAAGAUAGCACAGCCAGUGUUCUGACACGGCGGAGAAAAUUCAGUCGGCAUCUCCAGGAGGUGUAUCAGCUACCGAUUGUUAUUUCUGACAGUGGAAUCCCCGUGCUGAGCAGCACUGGUACACUCACUAUCCGGGUGUGUGCUUGUAACACUAAGGGUAAAGUCCGAACUUGCAGCACUGAAGCCUAUCUCUCCGCAGCGGGUUUGAGCACUGGGGCACUGAUUGCCAUAUUACUCUGCAUCCUGAUCCUACUGGCUAUUGUGGUCCUGUUCAUCACCCUGAAGCGAGGUAAGAAAGAACCUCUUAUUAUUUCCGAAGAAGACAUCAGAGAGAACGUUGUGACAUAUGAUGACGAGGGAGGAGGGGAGGAGGACACCGAGGCAUUUGACAUCACAGCCCUCAGAAACCCUGCAGCGGCUGAGGAAGUGAGGUAUCGGAGAGAUGUCAGGCCAGACGUGCAACCCAUGCCCAGACACAGACCACCAUCAAUCGUGAACAGUUCCGACAUUCAUGAGUUUAUUAAGCAAAAACUGCAGGAGGCUGACCUUGAUCAAAGCGUUCCUCCAUAUGACUCUCUCCAGACAUAUGCAUAUGAAGGUUAUGGAUCAGUUGCAGGUUCGAUAAGUUCUUUAGAUUCAGUCACCGCACACUCUGAACAGGAUUAUAAUUACCUUGGUGACUGGGGACCUCAGUUCAAAAAGCUGGCUGAACUGUAUGGAGAAGAGGACUCUGAAAGAACCACUUAGUUUCAACAACCAUACUGAUACACUUGUAUGUAAAACAAACAAAAAAUCAAGCUGAUUUUUGUUUUGAAAGCUACAAUUGUUACACAAUUUUACUGUAGCGACAAGUGCCCUUUUAAUAUUUUGAAACAUGGGUUCAUCAAGCAAAUGAAAAGAAAGCAUUUUGAAAAUAUAAAAGAAUAAACAAAUAUUUUCCCUGGUGUAUAUUUUUUAUUGUUUAAUAAAGUCCACUGAUCCGUAAUAGGAGACUGUGACAUAGAUUAAGAAUAGGUUGUUUGGUUUCAUAUUUUGAUAUAGUAAGAAUA